CACCAAUGCUGAUUUAAAUACUGAUUUAAGUUCUCAUUUAGUAAGAAUCUCACAGGCAGUCAGAGAUUUGGAAGGAUUUAGGGAUUUCCUUGAAAGUAAUGUAAUUGACACUUACAUGUUAGAAGCCCUUAGAAGUCGGCAACAACAAAUUCAAGAUCAACAACUGCAACAGGUAGAGAUUGAAAUCCAACAAAAUAAUGGAUGA